UUUUUCGACGAAAGUCUACGGAUUCAAGCGAUGAAUUUGUGAUUUAGAGAGCGCGCAAUUAUCAAGUAAACAAUUCCUAAAAUACUCUUCGUAGAUCCACAUUAUUAAAGAUGGCUUUGAUAAAUAAGAUAAAUUCUUAUUCUAAUUUUAUAAGCAUUGGAAAUAUAUGGGGGAAGUUACGAAAAUCGUCCCUGAAAUUCGUGUCCGGAAUUGGGGCCAGUUGACCGGGAUUAGUGCAAACCAGUGACACAUACUUUUCGAGCACGGCGCCCUAAACUUAAAAAAAAAGUGAAAUAUUUUAUUUGGUCCAAUCUUGUUUCUGGCAAAAUAUCGAAAGUGUUCUUUUUAUUGCUAGAUAGAAGAGAUAGAAAAGGCUGAAAAGUGGAAAAACCGUCCGUAAUUGGGGCAACACACUGUACAAAAAACCCGCGGGAUGAGAUUUCUCAGUACGGACUUCGCGCUCGGUUAAUAAGUAGUAUGGCUAGAUGGUCAUUGUUCUACUAGUGGCUGUUACGCAUGAUUCCACUUGGGAUAGUUCCAAUUGCUUCGCCAAGUGCGGUACCGUCCUUGCUAUUAUUGCACGCUGCCAAGCUAGACAUUUCUAAAUGUAAUUAACAACGGUUAAUUAACAUUAGAAACGUUUUCAUUUUGGUUAACAAAAUAGUUGUCUUAAUCAAAAAGCUAAAACGGUUCCAUUUCAUUUGCUUCUUUAAAGUUAUUUCUCGAUUAUCCUGAUAACUGUGGAAAAGCAUCCUUUAUGAAUACUUUAUUCGUAAUUGUGGGGCGAAAAAUAAUCGUAAAAGCAUUAGGGCAUUUCAUCAGUCAUUUAAUUAAGACACUUAAAACAAACUUUUUUGCACCGUUUAAACAUUUAUACGUUACCUAGCCGGGACAUUUGGUGCGACUGCAGGGUUUCAAGCGUUGCAAAAAUGUUCGCUCUUAGUAAUUUGGUAUUUCUGCUCUUUUCGAUGCAACAGGAAAAACAGAAAAACUAUAUCAUCCUAAGUGAGGAAUACUUUCCAGCUCAGAAUAUAUUGAGUAUUUUCCCCAACACCAAGGUUAACAUUAACAUAAUCUCGGCAAAAAAUGCAAGUUUUGAAAAUUACUUGAAAGUGUUUUGUGGAAGCCAGAAAGAUACUGUUAUAAUUGGAUGUCUUCGAAACAAACUUGAUCAUUUUUUUGUGGAUUUGGCCCGAGUUUUCUCGAUGCCAUUUAUCUGUAUUGGGGAGACGCUCGCCAAAACAAGCCUUCAGGCUCAUCCAUACGUCACACUCGGCGCUUCGCCUGUCGCGGUGUCCAGCAUUAUCUCGCAAAUGGCGGACAAGUCUUCAGCUACGCAUGUGUUUCUUCUCGGGACUCUGACACAGACAAACAGCAUACUACCCGAGCUGCUGACGACAAAGCUAACUCUUAACACCAUCUACUCGGCCAUCGCUGGAGAUUUUGAAAACAAUCUGAACAAUUCCCUCCAAAAGAUUGAUUCUAACAAAGAUUUUGUGCUGGUUGUGUUCCUAGACAGCUCUAUCAUAGCCAAGGAUAGGGCCCUAAGGGACGCCGUAUACAAUUUUCAUUCACACGUGAAGGCUGUUAUAGUCGGCGACGGAAGUGAGGAGGGACUGGGACUGGAGUCCAAAAGGAGCGAUGUUCUACUUUUCAAAAUGGAGGGUUACAUGGACGCUCUAACAAGCGAUGCGAUAAGACUAACGGAUGCAACGGUGAUAAAGUCCUCGAAGAACAAGACGCACGAUUGCUUUGUUGGAACGGAUCAAAACAAUUUGUCAUUAUUUCAUCGCUUGGAGGGCGCCGAGAAACUACUUAAACAAAUCAACAUUCAGCUUUCACCUGUUGGAGAUCAAGCAAACACGGAAUUCAUAAUAGAUAAGUUGUUGCCAUUCAGCCAAGGUGUCGAAAAUGUCGGCAUGGUGGCCGGGGGCAAAGUAGAAAUGUUUAAUAACCUGCUGAGGCCAAAGCUGAAGUGCAAGGAUCCUAAUGCACUCUGUGUUGUUGUAAUACUGGACGUACUUUGCUUUAAAAGCGUUUAUGAAGUUGAAUCAUCCAAUGAGUGCAUCCUAUCGCAUAUGUGUACAAUGUUUAGCCAAGAGAUGGAUGACAAUAAUGCGACAAUCACUCGAGCAAAGCAUUUUUGCUGCAAAGGAUUUGUUAUUGAUAUUCUCAUAAGCUUGGAGAGGGACUUGGACUUUAAGGCUGAAGUCUACAUUGUCGAAGACGGAAAAUACGGUGUUUAUGACAGGAAUUCGAAAAGGUGGUGUGGAAUGAUCGGGGAUUUGAUUGACGGCAAGGCUGAGCUUGCUCUCACUAGUUUAGAAUUGUCUCUUGCAAGAGAAGAAGUGAUUGAUUAUUCGAAUGUCCCUCUUAUGUAUCACGACCGAGUCAUCGUGAUGGCUGUAAAAAGCUCUUAUACGUCGCACGACUGGUUCGGGUUCACGAAGCCGUUCAGUACUACCUUAUGGAUCACAUUUGGAGCUGCAAGUGUUAUUCUGGUCAUUGUCGUUUGGCUCAUCGACAAGUACAGUCCCUAUGGCCACAAGCAUCACUUCCAAGUGUUCACUCUGCGCGACAGUUUCUCGUAUCUCUCCAGCACCGUGUUUAAGAUCAACCUUGACGACGUGACAGCGCGCAGCCCCAGUGCAAGGUUCACCUAUGCCGUGUUCUCCUUUGGGACUCUGGUUUUAAUUUCUACCUACACCGCAAAUCUAAUGGUGUCCUUGAUGGAAGUAAAAGUUAAAUUUCCAAUAACGGGCAUACGUGAUCCAAAGGCAAGUCUCAUCACAUCCCAUUCAGUACGAAAUAAGAUACUCCCAGCACACCUUACCGCAGCUCACCCUGACUCACCCUAUGCUUAUCCUUAGCUCAUCACUUAAUCACAUCCUAUCUUCACUCAUCUUACCCCAACUCAAGUAACCUCAUUACUACGCCUCACCAUUCCAUCGUAACUUUGCUACCCACAUCAUCACCUUACCAUGCCUUAUCUUAAAGAA